AUGCGAAAGUUGGAAUGGGACGACAUGGGAGUGAAGAUCGAUGGUCGGCAGCUACACCAUUUGCGCUUUGCUGAUGACAUCGUACUGAUAACACCUAGCAUCAGCCAAGCGGAACGAAUGCUGACCGAAUUCGCCGAAACAUGUGGAUGCAUCGGUCUUGAGCUGAAUCUUCAAAAGACGAUGUUCAUGCGGAACGGAUGGAUCUCGGAUGCCCCAUUCACGCUCAACGGAACGAACAUAUCCGAAUGCACCAGCUACGUCUAUCUGGGUCGGGAAUUGAACAUGAUGAACGACCUGGCCCCCGAGCUGGGCAGGAGGAGAAGAGCGCUAGGAGCGUACAAGAGCAUCGAGGACGUAGUGAAAAAGACCAAGAACACCCGGCUCCGUGCUCACCUCUCAACACCACCGUACUUCCUGCUUUGA